AGUCAAGAGUCAGGAGAGUUGGGGGAGAACCUCACUGAGCACAGGCAGCUGUGGCCUUCACCAUGGCUGCAUCGAGGGCACUUCUGACGCUGGAAAACUUCAUAGGUGGAAAAUUUUUACCUUGUAACUCAUACUUAGACUCCUACGAUCCCUCUACGGGAGAGGUGUACUGCAGAGUGCCAGACAGCGGAAAAGAAGAGAUUGAAGCCGCGGUGGAAGCAGCCAGAGCAGCUUUUCCAGGCUGGUCGUCCCGGAGCCCCCAGGAGCGCUCGCAGGUGCUGCACCAGCUGGCGGAUUUGCUGGAACAGUCCCUGGAGGAGCUGGCUCAGGCUGAAUCGAAGGACCAAGGGAAAACCAUUACACUGGCAAGAACCAUGGACAUUCCCAGGUCUGUACAGAACUUCCGGUUCUUUGCCUCCUCCAUCCUGCACCACACAUCAGAGUGCACGCAGAUGGACCACCUGGGCUGUCUGCACUACACGGUGCGGGCCCCCGUGGGCAUCGCUGGUCUGAUCAGUCCCUGGAAUCUGCCACUCUACUUGCUGACCUGGAAGAUGGCUCCGGCGAUCGCUGCUGGCAACACUGUGAUAGCCAAGCCCAGCGAGCUGACUUCAGUGACUGCGUGGAUGAUGUGCAGACUCCUGGAGAAGGCAGGUGUUCCAGCAGGCGUGGUCAACAUUGUGUUUGGAACGGGGCCCCGGGUGGGUGAAGCCUUGGUGUCCCAUCCGGAGGUGCCCCUCAUCUCCUUCACGGGGAGCCAGCCCACAGCCGAGCGCAUCACGCAGCUGAGUGCUCCCCACUGCAAGAAGCUCUCGCUGGAGCUGGGGGGCAAGAAUCCUGCCCUCAUCUUUGAAGACGCCAACCUGGAAGAGUGCGUUCCCACCACCGUCAGGUCCAGCUUUGCCAACCAGGGGGAAAUCUGCCUCUGCACCAGCAGGAUCUUUGUCCAGAAGAGCAUCUAUAAUGAAUUUUUAAAGAGGUUUGUGGAAGCUACCAGAAUGUGGAAGGUUGGCAUUCCCUCCGACCCAUCGGCCAACAUGGGCGCUCUGAUCAGUAAAGCUCAUUUGGAGAAAGUCAGAAGUUACAUCAAGAGAGCUCGCAUGGAAGGGGCCCAAAUUCUGUGCGGUGAGGGAGUGGAUAAGUUGAACCUCCCCCCCAGGAACCAGACAGGGUAUUUCAUGCUUCCCACGGUGAUAACAGACAUUAAGGACGAGUCCUGCUGCAUGAAGGAAGAGAUAUUUGGUCCAGUGACGUGUGUUGUCCCCUUUGAUAGCGAAGAGGAAGUGAUUCAAAGAGCCAACAGCGUUAAAUACGGGCUGGCCGCGACGGUGUGGUCAAGCAACGUGGGGCGUGUCCACCGGGUGGCAAAGAGGUUACAGGCAGGCUUGGUCUGGACAAACUGCUGGCUCAUCAGAGAGCUGAACCUGCCUUUCGGGGGGAUGAAGAGUUCGGGGGUGGGCAGAGAAGGAGUCAAAGACUCUUACGAAUUCUUUACUGAAAUCAAAACCAUCACUGUUAAACACUGACCUUGGCCAAUGCACAAGCUGUUACAGUUGAUGCCUGGCUGCAGAGAAUCAGUCGUCCAAUGCGGUGAACAGAAAUCCUGGCAUAAACUCCAGCCACAUCUUGACUCAGCAGAAGCUUGUCUCUCUAGCUUAUCUCCGUAGUUAGUAUUUUUACCCUCAGGUGAAGAGAGACUGUCUGUCUUCAAGGAGGAUGCAAAGAAAAGACUUCCGAAUAGGAAGGCACAACAAGGAAUCCAAGCAAACAGCAGGCUCCUCCUAGGCUGUGUUUUCAUACUAUUUUUUCCAUCAUUUUGAUUCAAUUCUUGGAAAUUCACAUUUCCAAGAUAACCACAAUUUUUUUCAUUUGCAAGUAUAUGGUUAAAAAAAAUCUAUGAAUCACCAUAAUUUCCUACUUUGGAGAGAUUGUCAAGAUGGUCUCCCUCUCCAUCAGCCACUAUGGCUAAUUGGUAAUUGAAGAGGCUGCACCUCCUUAUCCAAGGGGCCCAUGAAUGUUGAUGAUAAAUGUUACGUGAAUUUGUUGGAGAAGAUAUUUAUGGUAGGUCCCACUGAAUAACUCUGUAUAAGGACAAAUUAAA